AAAUAAAGUCGAGGAAUUAAAUAAUAAUAAUAAUAAUAAUAAUAACUCGUUAGCUACAGUCCUCAAUGUCGUCUUUCUCGCUGAAAAUCACCGGCUGCUCUGUCCUCUCGUUGCAUCGGCUGGGUUUCAACGAGCUCCCCUGCAAGUUCAUUUCUGGCGUUCCAAGGCAUUUUAAUCUCCAGAAGUUGGAGAAUUCCUCGCUGCAUCGGAGCCAUGCUCGACGAAUCUGCUCAGUUAACGGAGAAAGCAAUGCUUAUAGUUCAGAUCCUGACAUCUCCACUUCUAAUCUUCAAGGUUCAAGGGAGAAAACUGAUGAUGGUCAAGAAUCGGUAACAUCGAGCGAGAUACUAAAGAAACUGAAGAGAUAUGGAAUUUCUGGAAUAUUGUCAUACGGGCUUUUGAAUACUGCCUAUUACCUCACAACCUUUCUGUUGGUUUGGUUUUAUGUUGCCCCAGCUCCUGCAAAAAUGGGUUACUUCGCCGCUGUUGAAAGAUUUCUGAAAGUGAUGGCGAUGGUGUGGGCUGGGAGUCAAGUUACCAAGCUUGUAAGAGCUGGAGGGGCCCUUGCUCUUGCACCUUUUGUUGACAGAGGAUUGUCAUGGUUCACUGUCAAAUUUAAGUUCGAAUCUCAGGGGAAGGCUUUCAUGGCAAUUGUUGGAUUCUGUUUUGGACUAGCCUUCAUCUUAUUUUUGGUUGUGACAUUGCUUUGAGCAUGAGUUUAUUUAUUCUUUUUUUUUUUCCUUCUCAAUUAGAAUCCUCCCUUUAUGGGGUUGGGAACUUGGGGUUGGGGCGGGGGGAAGGUCACUAAUAUCCUUUUUGCUCACACCCCUGCGCCGGUAGAUACAGGAGAUGACGAACACGAGCUGUUCCAACUUUUGCCUUUACCUAUGUGAAAAUCAUCAAAUACAAGUUUAACGUGAAUUCUUUCA